GUACAGUUAUUUGUUUAAUUUUUCUUCUUGGCAUUUUUUAUUGUUGUGGCCACACAAGGCUAUCAUCAUCGUAAAGUUAGUGACUAUGGCAGCUAGCGCCAAGCGGCGUCGCUACGAGUUGCUGACCAAGCCAGAAUAUCCUUGCGUACGGCAGCGUGGUCAGCUCAGUUCGUGUCACGAGUUUAGCGCAGCCACAACAAUGUCGCUGAAUGUCGCGCGCGCCAAAUAACUUUGCCAAUUAUCGAUUUUCACUUAAUAAUUUUGACUGGCGGCCAUUAAAAGCCACACAACAAACUAACGGACAAACAAACUAUGCUCUCCGCCGUGCGACCAUUUCGAAUUUCGGUGGAGUAGUGCACACGAAAUAGUCAAAAUAGCGAACUUUAUUUUGUGCUGAUGUGUAAGGAAAAGUUGAAAAGUAGAAAAUAAAAUUAAUUUUGAAAUACAAAGGACCAGUGGCAGUGUUUCCCACACACACCCACACACACACACGCAUUGUUGUUCUAUGAGUAUGCUGGGUUUCGUGUAUCUCUUCUUGAUACUCGGCUGGAUUCUGAUUGUGUUAUUCCUCAAGUGCAAAAAGUCGAUUACACCACACUUUGCCUUCACCGAGCAGUACACGGACGCAAUAGCGGCAGGCCGUCGCCCCUCAGUUCAUAUCAUAGAAUUACCGCCCGACGAAAUGGACAACGAAGAACAAUAUUUGGACUCAUAUCACCAGCAGAGCAGCAGCUUGCGACGGCAUUCGAAUCGUUCGCAACGUUCGGCGCUGCCCGAUGAGCGCACCAUCGAAACGACAUAUCCCACAGAUGCGGUUGUGAAUCCGGCGUAUAUGCACGACGAGGAGUACAUCAUCAAUGAUAAUUCCACACAAAACGCACAAACACAAGUUCAUACACGCGUGGAAACGCCACCCCCUUCGUACGAGGAAGUUAUGCGCCAACCCGAGGUGUAUCCCAAAGUACACCAAAGUUCGAGUAAAGUGAGCGACGCGAAUAUUUAAGACCCACUCCCACUUCGUCCGUCGUGCUACCUCGCACCGCGUUCUCUUUCAGCAGCGUGGCUGAGCGAGCGACCGACAAACACUUUGGUUACCUUCGGGAGAAGCGUGUGUUGCGAAUGUGGAACGAGUGGUACAUGUGUCUACAAAUACCUACAUAUAUGUAUAUGUAUAUGUGCACAUGCCUGUACAUAGAACCUUCAGCUGUGAUUUUAUACUUAAUAUAAUACAAGUUUAAAUUUUUAUAAAUGUUAAA